UCCCCCUACGGAUCGCAGAUCCCCGCGUGACGCGGGAGACGAUCGCUAUCGUUUUCCUUCAAGGAUGAAUUCAAUCGAUAAGGAUCUGCAACUAAGCCGGUCCGAAAUAUAUGAUUGUGAGCGAAAGCGAAUUUUAUAGGAGAGGUGCUUUCAAAAUGAAAUUAUAACGUAGCGGAAAUUCACUGAGAGAUAAAUAAAUAAACAGUUCAGUUGGGAUAAUUAUUCACACGUCGCGGUGAGACACUGCUUGAAGUUGCGCCCUUUCAUGAGAGCGAUAUAUCGCUCACGUCCGAGCUUCGUCUCAUGUGUUAUCCCAUCGUAAGCAGAAUCUAAAUUCUCGCGUAUAAAAAUGUAACGUCAAGAAGGCCGAAGGGGAAGCGACCUCGAGUACAUCCCGCGAACCAGGAACAUGUCCGAACAUGACGUGGCGAGAUCUUACGACGCGUGACAUCGAGAUCGGCGAAAAUAAAAAGACACCUCGAACACACUUCUAACCUCUGGAUGGAACCCCCGUGCAGGAUAUGCGCUCGUCCUCCUCCACCAGCUGCUUCAGACCCGCGCGUCCUGGAAAACCGUUACCGAUCGUACGUCACGAGGCGACGAGAGUACUGCGAUCUGAGGCGAUGCAACGCGAAAGUUGGCACGAACCCGCGCCCCGAAUUCGACUCGCGCCCCUACAAUGUUCAUCGUCUCGUGAACAAAAUUCAAGAACUGAACAGGAACGUUCAGGACCUCGAGAGAUCGAAACACGGCAGAGCGGAGAAAGUUGAACGGCGCACUGCGAAGCAGCCGGUGGAUACCGGAAUAACCGAUUUGAAAGACGCUCACGAUGCGGCGCGGAACUGUCUGCUGGAUAUCGAAAGGAUCAGAACGUUCCUGGCGGAUGAGAGCUCCUGGUGGGAAAUGUUGAAGGAACAAUCGGUCAAUUGUUGCCUGGAGAGGUCGCCGCAUCUUCACGGGGUUUUGAACGGAACUUCGGUUACUCUGAUGUUGCACGAAGAUGGGAUCGAGGAGGCAUCGCAUCGUUUCGCGGCCACGCCGAAAAGAGGGACCAACGUCGCCCAUUUCAGUUUCCGAAACUCCCGGCUCUCGUCGAGGGAGCGGACGAACGAAACGAAAUGCACUGAGCAGUGCACGGACGCUCCUUGGGAGGAACGCGCGGAGGAGUACACGGUUCCGUGUUACAGUAUCGACAUGAAGUCGACGUUGAUCGAAGUCGGAAGUGAGAGGCACGACGCGACCAAACGAUACGCGAAGUCGGCCACCAAAAGCAAACAGAAUACUGUCGCUUCUGAGGUUCGGACAGGAUCGCAGGAGGACAGAAGCGGCGAACAGAGAGCGCAGGAUCGGCCGUACAGGUCCAAGGAGACGCGCGAGAAGUCGCAAGAGAGGAAAGAGAAGAGAUCGUCUGACAGAUCGAGUGUCGAGAUCACAUUCGAGAUGCGGUUUCCAGCUGCACCGCCGAGAGAAGUAUGGUACGGCCAAAACGCGGAGACAAUGUACGAGGACGUGUCGAGGCCCCGAGAAACGUUCAGUAGCGAGAACACCGGAAGCACGAGACAUAUCACCGUCGAUUUUACGUCGAACGUGGAUUUGAACGCGGAGUUCCCGUCCAGAAACGCGACGAGUCAUCAUAAGCCGCGAACGAAAAUGGUCACCGAGAAAAUCGUUUAUCGCGUACAAAAGUCUCCGACGAGAGUUUCCAAGAGCAAAAGCAGGGACUGACGUUUCUUCUUCAGCACGCUGUUCAACUGAUAAAUUUAACGGAUGUUUUACAAAUGUGUGAUACAAUAAAUAUUUAGAAAUACAAUAAACAUCUUAGGAU